GGUGCCGGCGGGCCGGCCGGAGGCGGGGGCUGCCACGUCCAGAGCCCGGCACGCGGGGCUGGGUCCUGUAGGCGGGGGCAGCGGUGCCCGGGGACCCCCGCCCCCCACCUCCAGGCCAUGGAUGGGGACUCAGGCCGAGGCCGCACUUCGUCCUUGGCGUCUCCUUGGAGCGCGUUCCUGGGGGCUUGCGGCCUUGCCGGGGGUCUCGACGCCGGGGCUGCUUCGUCACGAGGAAGAACGGGACCCUCCAUGGGGACAUCUCCCUCCCCUCCCGCACCCCUUGCAGCCCCAGCCAUUAGACUUGACCCUCAACACCAACCAUGGGCAUAUCCUGGUGGAUUACUCCAAGAACCUGGUGACGGAGGAGGUGAUGCGGAUGCUGGUGGACCUGGCCAAGUCCAGGGGUGUGGAGACUGCCCGGGAGCGGAUGUUCAAUGGUGAGAAGAUCAACUACACUGAGGGUCGAGCGGUGCUGCACGUGGCCCUGAGGAACCGGUCAAACACACCCAUCCUGGUAGAUGGCAAGGAUGUGAUGCCAGAGGUCAACAAGGUUCUGGACAAGAUGAAGUCUUUCUGCCAGCGUGUCCGGAGUGGUGACUGGAAGGGAUACACGGGGAAGACCAUCACGGACGUCAUCAACAUUGGCAUUGGUGGCUCUGACCUGGGGCCCCUCAUGGUGACUGAAGCCCUUAAGCCAUACUCUUCAGGAGGUCCCCGCGUCUGGUAUGUCUCCAACAUUGAUGGAACUCACAUUGCCAAAACCCUGGCCCAGCUGAACCCCGAGUCCUCCCUAUUCAUCAUCGCCUCCAAGACCUUUACCACCCAAGAGACCAUCACGAAUGCAGAGACAGCGAAGGAGUGGUUUCUCCAGGUGGCCAAGGAUCCUUCUGCAGUGGCGAAGCACUUUGUUGCCCUGUCUACCAACACAGCCAAAGUGAAGGAGUUUGGAAUUGACCCUCAAAACAUGUUCGAGUUCUGGGAUUGGGUAGGAGGACGCUACUCGCUGUGGUCGGCCAUCGGACUGUCCAUUGCCCUGCACGUGGGUUUUGACAACUUCGAGCAGCUGCUCUCGGGGGCUCACUGGAUGGACCAGCACUUCCGCACAACGCCGCUGGAGAAGAACGCCCCCAUCCUGCUGGCCCUCCUGGGCAUCUGGUACAUCAACUGCUUUGGGUGUGAGACUCACGCCAUGCUGCCCUAUGACCAGUACCUCCACCGCUUUGCUGCAUAUUUCCAGCAGGGUGACAUGGAGUCCAAUGGGAAAUACAUCACCAAAUCUGGCACCCGUGUAGACCACCAAACAGGCCCCAUUGUGUGGGGGGAGCCAGGGACCAAUGGCCAGCAUGCUUUUUACCAGCUCAUCCACCAAGGCACCAAGAUGAUACCCUGUGACUUCCUCAUCCCGGUCCAGACCCAGCACCCCAUACGGAAGGGUUUGCAUCACAAGAUCCUCCUGGCCAACUUCCUGGCCCAGACAGAGGCCCUGAUGAGGGGUAAAUCAACAGACGAGGCCCGAAAGGAGCUCCAGGCUGCAGGCAAGAGUCCAGAGGACCUUGAGAAGCUGUUGCCACAUAAGGUCUUUGAAGGAAAUCGCCCAACCAACUCUAUUGUGUUCACCAAACUCACACCAUUCAUGCUUGGAGCCUUGGUCGCCAUGUAUGAGCACAAGAUCUUCGUUCAGGGCAUCAUCUGGGACAUCAACAGCUUUGACCAGUGGGGAGUGGAACUGGGAAAGCAGCUGGCUAAGAAAAUUGAGCCUGAGCUUGAUGGCAGUGCUCAAGUGACCUCUCACGAUGCUUCCACCAACGGGCUUAUCAACUUCAUUAAGCAGCAGCGCGAGGCCAGAGUCCAAUAAACUCGUGCUCAGCCACAGCCUCCUCUGUGACUGCUCCUUUUCAUCCCUUCUCCCCAAAGCUGGAACUGCAUGGUCCUGGCCCCCUCCCACCCAGAGCACCCUCUGGUUGUGGGCUUGGACCACGAGCCUUUUUCAGGGAAGGCUGGUCUCGAAUUGCUACCCUCAAGCCCCUCCAUGUCUGCCGUCCCUCUGUGUUACAAUUGGCUGAAGUGUUUUUAUGCAGCUGACUUUUCUGACCCAUGUUCACGUUGUUCACAUCCCGUGUAGAAAAAUAAAGAUGCUGCAGAGGAGGCUGUAGGGCUCAGCCUCUGAUUUUUUUCCUGAGAUGGUGCUUUAUGUAGCAGAAGGCAGGUGAGCUCAGCACAACACAGGCUGUGCCUCCGUGGACACUGAACACUUAAGUGGUGAGCAGAUCUAGAGUGGGGCACGGUGCCUUGAGAAGACAGUAGUGUGGUGAGGGCACAAUCAGGAGGGCAGCUUGGCCUGUGUCACCAAAUCCCAUAACUGUUCUCUACUCCUAACCUCUGUGACUGGAGAAAUUGGAUACUCUGUUUAAUGGAUGGUUCUAAAAACUGCAUUGAGAUUUUGUUUGGGGUGAAUUCCUGGACAAGACCAAGGGCAACUGCCAUCUCCUGGCAAGAUGCUCGGGUAAUUCUUUCACUUUAAAAGGCAGAAAUUGAAACCAGGAUUGUUUUUCUCGAGACAGAGUCUUGCUGUCACCCAGGCUAGAGUGCAGUGGUACGAUCUCAGCUCACUGCAACCUCCAUCUCCCUGGUUCUCCUGCCUCAGCCUCCCAAGUAGCUGAGAUUAGAGGCAUGUGCCACAACACCCAGCUAAUUUUUUCAUUUUUAGUAGAGAAGGGGUUUCACCCUGUUGGCCAGGCUGGUCUUGAACUUCUGACCUCAGGUGAUCUGCCCGCCUUGGCCUCCCAAAGCGCUAGGAUUAUGGGUAUGAGCCACUGCACCCAGCCUGAUUUUUUUUUUUUUUUUUUUUUUUUGAGAUAGGGUCUUGCUCUGUUGCCCAGGCUGGAGUGCAGUGGCAUGAUCACAGCUCACUGCAGCCAUAAGCACUCAGACUCAAACAGUUCUCUUGCCCCAGCCUCCCAAAAUUGAGACUACAGGUUGUGCCACCAUGCCCUGCUAGUUUUUAAAUUUUUGUAGAGAUGGGUCUUGCUAUGUUGCCCAGACUAGACUGGUCUUGAAUUCCAGGGCUCGGGAGAUCCUUCCACCUCGGCCUCCCACAGUGCUGGGAUUGCAGGCAUGAGCCCCCACACCCAGCCUAUUCAAAAAUUUUUUUCUUAGAGACAGGGUCUUUGUUGCCGAGGCUAGACUACAGUGUUGCAAUUAUAGCAGACUGAAGCCUUCCCAGGCUAAGGUGAUUUUCCUACCUCAGCCUUCCAAGUAGCUGGGACUACAGACGCAUGCCAGUACACCCAGCUCAUUUCUAAAUUUUGGUAGAUCAAUAUAGUGCUGUAAAAGAAAAAACUAAAUUUUUGCAGUGAUAGGGUCUCACUAAGGCAGGAGAAUAGGGUUUAGAGACAAGGGAGUGUUCACUUCAGCCUCUGAUUGGUCGCAGGCCAAGUCUUUAUUUACAUAGGAUGUAACCAAAUAGGAAACCACUAAAGGGUACUUAAACUCCAGAUUUUUCCAACUGCACUUGCUUAAGCCUCCUCCUGCUUUCUGGAGUGUACUUUCGCUUCAAUAAAACUCUGCUUUUGUUCCUUC